CUUAACUACUGUUAAUAACUUCUGAGGAAAAUUAUUAACCUUGCCUUACUGUUUUGUAUCAGGGCGAGAAAUAAUCUGAUAAGAAAAACAUUGGUUUCGAAAUUGUCACUAUAGAGUGAUAAUGACUAAAAAUAAAUCACCAUACAGUUAAUUUCAAUUCAUUAGUUAGCUACAGUUAGUGUGUUCUAGUUAUCCAAUUUAUCAGACAUCUUAAAGAUGAAGUUAAUUUUAAUAUUUGGAUUAAUUUUUAUUGGAUUUUUCAAUCCCAUGAAGACAUCGGCCUAUGAACUCUCAAUUGGCAGCAGAUUCUCGCAAAAUGCAGUAAUAUACCAACUUUUUGAAAUGUUCAGAGGAAUUAUCAAAUGCGGGGAUGCCGACAAAAAUGUGCCGGUGAUGGAUCCAUACAAGUUUAAUUUGGAAAAGGCACAACUUCAGGCUGUAAUAAAUGCUGAAUUAAACAUUACCAAUGGAGUGGUCACCGGUCUAAGCGACUUUCGACUCGAAGAUUUUGUAUUCAAGAAAGAUGAGGUGUCCUUAGACGUCGUUAUAAAAAUACCCGUCAUCAAGUUGGACUCUGAAUAUUAUGAAAUGGAAGGGAAAAUAUUAGAAAUAUUUCCUAUCGCAGGCACGGGAUUCCUUUAUGUUAUUGCAAAAGAUGUCACAAUCUACAGUAGGCUCUACUUGAAACAAUCAACCAAUGGAAAAUGUGUCGUCAUUGAUAGACUUGAAAAUACUAGCUUUACCGUAGACAAGAUUUUGAGCCACACAGAGUUCGACAAAAACAUUGACAACGUCCUGAACGCAAUUAUUGAAGACCUCCUCGCCGGCUAUCUCACGAGAUUCAGCAAGUUUAUAUCAAAGACUUACGAGGGCUAUGUCGUCAGUAUGCUAAAUGAAGUUCUUAAUAAGUAUGAGACGUGGAGCAUUCUGGCUACGAUACUACACAAAUAAACAUCCAAAAUAUUUAUCCAUA